CAAUAGUUUCUAUUCGAUUCAAUCUUCUACAUUCUACACAUUGAGUUAUGGCCGACAACAACAGUAAGUCUGAAAAAUGUGUAAUAAUUUUGUUUUACAUACAUAACGUUGUACAAACAUUCGCAAUUACACGUCACGGGCGCGUGUGAAGAUAUUUUGUUAUGGCAGCCGAAAGAAGUUCGGAAAACGUCGUCAUGCCGACCUCUACCGAAGCAACCGAAGACGAUCCCUUGUCGACUUCAACCGAGCACGAUAGCGAUCGUUCAGAUGUUAGAAAUGUUACAAUAAGACGUGGAAUCAAAUCAUCUCGAUUUACAAAUGACACCAGCUAUAUUUCAUCGCCUGCCUCUUUACAAGUUGGCACUCUAGUGCCAGGGACCUCUUUUAAUGUGAUAGCACCGGAUCAGUUGCCACAUUUUAAGCCUAUGCUUUGUGUUGAUAACGGUUUUAUUUCGAGUAGUUCCCUUGCAGAAGAUAUUAAAACUACACAUAUCGUUAUACAAGAAUCAGCUUUGCCGACCCCACAAGAAUCGAAACAUAUAAACUCUAAUACAAAUUCAUCAAUAUCAGGUACGAGCAGCAGUAAUCAGUCAUGGACGGAAACAGCAAAUAUGCCUGUUAUACCGAUAAGAUGCAAAAAUACCUCGGCAGAAUUACACAAAAGCAAGCUUGGGUCUGGUGGCCGUGGAAAGUGUAUAAAGUAUUGUUCUGAAUGGUAUACGCCAAGUGAAUUUGAGGCUUUAUGUGGUAGAGCAUCCAGUAAGGACUGGAAAAGGUCUAUUAGAUUUGGUGGUAAAAGUUUACAAGUGCUAAUUGAAGAAGGUAUCCUGACUCCUCAUGCUGCAAGUUGUACAUGUGGAGCAUGUUGUGAUGAUCUGACAGCAACAGGCCCUGUGAGGUUGUUUAUACCAUACAAAAGAAAAAAACGUAGUCCUCAAGAUGAUAUUCAAACAAAAACAACCCGAUUAAGAUCCAAAGGUAAACAUGAACCAGAAAAGCCUGAUAUAGAUAUGUGUCAUAACAGCAACUCUAAAGAGACAUGGCAGUCCAUUGCAGAAGAGCUGGAAAGUACCAGUGAUUAUGAUUUGUUAGCUUCUGAUCCCGCUCAGGAUACCAUUGCUAUACCAGCACUUAAGGAAAUAGAAGUACCCACUACUAGCAGUGUAAUGAAACGAAUGGAUGAUAUAGUGGACAUAUUUCUAAAAUUAUCUCAGGAGCUAAAGCAAUGUGUAGAAGAUAUUCAUUCAAUAAAUAAGAGUCAAUUGGAAAGACUUGAGCAUGUGAAGGCAUCUGAAUUAUUAGCAACUUCUGUAGAAGCACAAGUUGAAGAUGAGUUUGCUCCAAACACUGUGGAAGCAAGCUUAAAAAAGUGUGCCAAUUGUAACCGCGCCGCAUCAGCAGAGUGUUCCUUAUGUCGUAGAACACUAUACUGUUCAACAUUUUGUCAGAAAAAAGACUGGGCUGUACAUCAAAUUGAAUGUUUGCGUGAUGUACCCACCAUGCUUAUUGUAGAAAGCCAACCCCAAUAAUAUAUAUCUUAUUUAUUUAUGUAAAAAUUUUAUGUGAAUAUUUAAUGUUAAGCAUAAAAGAACAUAUUCUAAAUAACACUGAUAAGCAAUAUUGAAAGUGAAUUAAUCAUUAAUUAAUCCAGAUGGAAAAUAUGACCGCGAUAUAGAACGCCAAGUGAAUGCUAAGAAUAGAAUAAAUAGUUGCAUUCCUUUAUGUAUAGCCAAGAAAUCUCAAAUGAGGCGACUGGCCAUACAAAAGGGAAUGCUUAGAUGGUUUGGCCGUGUGGAACAGGUGUAUGGGAAGCGACUUACAAGUAUGAUAAACAUGGCAACCAUGGAUAUUGAUGUCGGGUUGGGCAGGCCUUGUCGUGUUGUGAACAUAUAAAUAAAACUGGCUUAAAUUAAGCCGAUGUUAAUGGGGUAACGAUGUGUAGUGAUCUAUCGUGUCAAUUUAAACGAAGUGAUUGUAACCAAACUUGUUGGACCAAAAUAUCCAAAUAUGUACAGUGGAUUUCGCGUAUAACGACGAUGAAAGGAACCACUCUAAUUUCGUCGUUACAGGCAAAGGUAGAAGUAUAGGCAUGUGUAUAGUUUAUAUUAAUUUAUUAUUGAAAACAUUUUCAAACAUAGUUAUUCACUAGUUUCUUUUCAGUACAUUCACAUUCUAAAAAUUGUGUAAUAUUAGUUUGUUUCAAUUUAUAUUAUGUGCUAGUGUAUGCUGUAUUCUAUUUUCAUUACUUCUUUAAUAUCUAUAAUUUUAACAAGGAUUACACAAGUCACAAUUAAGAAACGUUAAUGCAAAAGAGUUUUACAAGAUGAUAGGGUAGCCAAUCGUAAUCGGACGACUGCUCGAAGGUACUUUGAAUCAAGUUAGAAGGGCAUUUUCGACAUCUAGAUUCGUCAGCUUGCGGUUUUUCUUAAUGUUUAAGAAUUUGAAUUCAAAGUAUUCUGAUACUUUAUCACAGUUUUUCCACAUCGUUGUUGUUGUUGAAUGGGAAACUUUGUAUUCUUAGCACAAAUCAGCAUUGUUUUCACCGUUUGUCAAUUUUAAUAUGAUUUCCGUCUUUUCUUUAACAUUAAAUGUGCGUCUAUCAGCCAUACUUAUUCAAAAGUUUACUUUACCCUGUUACUACUCAGAAUAUCACUUUGAAACUGACCCAUAAAUUUAACUCCGAAACGUAAACGCUUACCUACCCUACCUACUUAGCUGAUCUUCAAACAAAAGGUAAAGGUCUCCGCAGUUUCUGACCAUCUGUGUGAAUGUAAACAAAAGAUAAGAAAUAUUUGUGAAGGAAAUAAAUGUUUGUGACUUUGGCGGCUGACUGGUCGCAAAAUCUGCAUGGGAUUUCUAGGAAUUUGUUACAAAUAAAUUCAUUAAAAAGUCUCUACCCGAACUCGGUGUUACAUACAAAUGUGAAAUAUGAAUUUUUUACUAAAGUAUGCUUUAAAUUCUAGGGACUUAGAUUUAACGUCGUUAUAACUAAAUGGUCGUAAUAAAUGAAAUCCACUGUAUAUGCUUGUAAAUUCUGUUAAUCAUAUACAUAUAACAUCUUAUUAAAAUUAACGCUGCUCCUAUUCAGCCGUGUUGGCCAAAAAAAAUCUUCCAGUGUGUUUUGAUAGUUUGGUCUUCGUUACCUCUGCCAUGGUUAGCCUUAUCGUUUACAAACAUAUAGACUUAAACAAUAGAUGCGCUAGUUAGUAAAUAUUUUAUGAAAUAAUGUUUAUUAUAUUGUUAAUAAAAAAGAUCGUUUUACCAAUUUAUUUUAUAGUUAUUUAACUUGUACAUAUAAUGUGAAUGAAAUUUAAAAAAAUGCCAUGGGAUUACGAGCGAUAAUAGAUUACUGUGGGACUUGUACUUAAUUGAGUGAUUGUCAUAAAUUUGCAUCGGAUCAGUCCUCCAUUCUAUAUAAGAUAAAUUUAUCAUAAAUGUGAUUUAAACUGAACACCAAAAAUUAAUAUAAAGUGUAGAUGUAAUAAUAAUAAUUUUAUAAAUGACACUUAUACAAUUAAAAUAAAAACAAAUCUUUUCGAUUUACAUAUGCCUAGUUAUUUAAUAAUAAUGCAAAAUUUAAAUACGAAUAAUAGUGUUGUAAUUUUUUAUAUUAAAUUCAAGAUAAUGAUUACUUAAAUUUUGUUGUAAUUUCGCUAUGACACUUAGGCCGGAUAUUCUUUUUAGCAAUUCUUAGUAACAAUGAUCCGAUAAAUCAGAGAUGUAUGUCAAUAUUUAUGUUGUUGAUUGAGCAAUAGCAAAUAUUUUUCACGGUUAAAUAUGCAAAAAUAAUUAUUAUUCUUAUUUUUAUAUUGCACCUAUUUCCUUAAGUCAUAAAAACGAAUGAAUAUAAUAUGAAAUGUCUAAAGGUAAAGGAAGCAUUUUAUAAAUUUGUUAGCUAUGUUUAGCUUAUUUGUUUCAAGUUUCUGUGGGUCACAUGUCCCUAUGUUUUCUCAGAAUCUCAGCUGGGUAGAGUACCAUUUACUAGGCUGUGUAUGAGUUCGUUCCAGUUACUUGAUUUAAAGCGUACAGAAACUGUUACAGGCAAAAACUUAUCUAUUUAUGUAAUAAUUAGUGGCAUAUACCUAGUAAUAUUGGUCAAUAAAACAAAUUCAUUACUGACUAGCAAUAGUAUCCUGAUUGGGAUCAAUUCAAUUUGUAUAAGGUACAAGCAUAACUUUUAUCAACGUACAAACUUGCCUUAUGCGUUGUUACUGAGAAGAUAUCAUGUUAUUUUUUAAACAGUGCCUUUUUUAAGCGUUCAUCGUUUAUGGUUAUGUAAUUUGAAGAAGUAUUAAAGAAUUAUGAAUUA